AUGGUGUUCAAAUCAAGGAUAAAAUGGAUUGCGCUCUUUGUGAUGAUCUUAUCAGUGGGAUCUCUGGUUGUUCAUCUUUCGAUGACCAAGUCUUCAGGUGUACAGUUGGCGUAUUAUGCAAGAGAUACCCUUUGGCAAGAUUUUGAUUCAUUGUUAGGGGCACAGGAUUUUAGAAAUAAGCACUUGUGGCGACCUGUUAAAUCGUUAGAGACCUUGCAGCCCUAUGCCAAUCCAAGAAUUAGUUUCCCUGCGCCCAGUUCAAAAAACAAUGGCUUCAUUUAUGCAAAGAUAUUUGGUGGAUUUGACAAGAUAAGAUCUUCUUACAAGUACCUCUUCAUUAUUCUCUUGUUACCGGAAUAUUACAUCACUAAUCGUAACAAAAACGUUGAUUGCUUCAAGCACUGGGUUAUUCUCUAUAAGGAGCAUCUAGAAGCUAGCGUUGCUCUUCUUAGAAAGCUUGUAGACGAAGGAAGGAUCACUCCCCUGAAUUAUUAUUAUCAUCAUCACCUUACUGUCAAUCGAACUGUGAGGCUAAAGCCAUCACUGAAGGAGGAGCCACUUCCAGGGGAGAGUGGCGACCUCAAAAUGGCACGCACUACUGCUGUGUUUCUAGCCGCUGCAGGAGGCAUUGCAGGAUCGGCACUUAGCUCUUGCUUCCCACUCUAG